AUGGAAGAUGGGUAUCUCAGCGAAGCCCCACCAUGGUUCAAGGAAUUUCUCAAGAUCCAGGCAAAACAGUUCGACUCGUUGAAGGAAGAGGUGACCAGCAUAAAGGGCGUGAUUGACCAGGCGAGGAUCGAGGCUCAGGAUGCAAGGAAGGCAGCGGAGGAGGUUCAGGAGAAGAUGGAGGAUGUGGAAAUGCAGGUGGAAGGAAUUCGGAAUGACCUGGAGGACCUUUACUUAACAAAAGAGCAAAUCGAGCAGAUGAUCGACAGCAAAGUGCAAGACGCUAAGGACAACAUCAACAACAACAGUGACCCCCCCAGGAGCGGUGCAUGGCAGCGUAAUGGGACGGAGGGAGGGGGAAAGGCAGAUGCAGAGAAGCAUAUACGGGAUAAGCAGGUUGUUGCCUUUGGCUUCGAUGGGAGCGGUUCGGCAGAGCAGGUGGUGGAGGAUCUGAAAAACUUGCUCAACCAGAUUGUGGGCGAAAGGUCGGGCGCAGUUGUGCUGACCACGACGGGCUCCACGAAGUUCGGCGUAAUCGAGUUCACUUCCAUCCAAUCGAAGGUAAGCUUCUGGAAGAAGGUACGGGACAAGCUGAACGACGACGAAGAUGCGUUCGGCGAGGUGUUCUUCCGGAACAACCUGACCACCGAGGAGAAGGACCGGGAAAAACGGAUGGGCUAUACAAAGUACCAUUUGUCUAAACACCCCGACCACAAAACCAAAGUUGUGAAAAUCAUAUGGCCGAAGGGGAUGGUUGUGGUCAAAGAGGGUGAGGGGAAGGAGAGGAAAAUUGCGUGGUACGAUGAACAUGGAGACUGGCGUACUACUAAGACCGGGAAGGCGGUGGAAGCGGAGGUGGAAGAGUCCAUGCGGAAGUGGCGGGAGAAGGUGAACGCCGGACCUGCCGAAGAGAGCGAGUGA